ACCGCAGCAGCAGCAGCAGUCGUCGUCUGACGUGCGCGUUCGCGGUUCCUUCCCUCGUAUACUACUAGAUAGGGUCCCGUCGUGCUGUGCAUCGUCGUCGUCGUGGACGGACGUCUUGUCCCUCUCCCACCCUCGCUAAAACUCGUUUCCCUCUUGUGUAUUUGUGUGCAGCAGCAGCUUGCAUAUAUGUGUCCAUGUGUGCAAGCUCCCAAGUAUACCUGUACGCGUGUUAUUAUUACAAGUACUCGAAUGCACACACCCACACACGUGUGUAUACACAGCAGCAGCAGUGGUAGCACAAUCGAAUCUGUCAAGUUGUAUAGAGAGUAGAGAAGUAGCUGAAAAAAGAAGAAGAAGAAGAACGGCGGGAAGUCGCGUGGGCGCGCGGGGGGUUGCUCGUGAUCGUCGUCGUCGUCGCUACCUAUAAAUCAGUGUUGUGUGUUCUGUAAUAAAAUAUAUAUCAGUUCUGCAGUGCGUGAUUAUUAUCAUUUAAUUUGAAAAUUCAGUGUUCUGUUUUGUUUUUCUGCGAAGAGGAAAUCAAGGAAGAUAUGAGAUAUGAUGGACGUGGAGGAGACGAACACGGCCUCCACGGCGAGCUCAUCGCCAGCUCCAUCCAGCCCUUCGGCCGACACGACCUUCAUCAGCGUGAAGAGGGAACCGAGCAGCGAGGAGCUGCCGAGCAGCCCUCUGGAGGCCACCAGUCCUGGCUCGAUCCUGCGCAACAACGGAGAGUCAUACGAAAUGACUGUGGCGACGACGAAUAUACUUUAUCUUAAAUUGAAAGCACCAAAGCAACAAUACGCGGUCGCGGACUCGACGCCGGCCAAGAACUUCGUCGCGUGCAAAGUCUGCGGCGACAAGGCGAGCGGCUACCACUACGGAGUCACAAGCUGCGAGGGCUGUAAAGGCUUCUUCAGGCGCAGCAUUCAGAAGCAGAUAGAGUACAGGUGCUUGAGAGACAGCAAGUGCAUGGUGAUACGAUUGAAUCGCAAUCGUUGCCAGUUCUGCCGCUUCAAAAAGUGCCUGGCCGUCGGCAUGUCCAGAGACUCCGUGCGGUACGGGCGCGUACCGAAGCGCUCGAGGGAGCGCGGUCCCGACGAGACGACGCCGACCACGACCUUAACCGGUGGCGGCGGCGGAAGCAGCACGGCUGGCUCGCCGCCGACGAGCAGCAGUCCGCCGACGCCCACCUCCGUGACUUGCUCCAACGGCCUCGUCGUGCCUCAACAGCAACAGCAGCAACAACAGCAGCAGCAACAACAGAUUACCGUCGUCAACAACAACAAUAACAACAACAAUAUUACCAGCAACAACAUUAACAACAACAACAGUAUAACGACAAACAACAAUAACAUCAACAACAACAUCAACAGUCCGAACAACAACAUCAGCAGCGUGAACAGUCCACAGAGUCAAAACGGAAUAGUGGGACGCGUUCAGCAACAGCAACAGCAGCCGAUUCUUCAACAACAGCAGCAGCAACAGCAGCAGCAACAACUACAAGUGACGACGAUCGUCGAGCCCGACCAGUCGGACGCGGACAGCAAGCAGCUGGCGGCCGUCUACGAGGUCAUACUGCAGGUGUCGCAGGCCCAUCACGCCCACUGCGGCUUCACCGACGAGUGCACCCGCGGCAUCGUGCGCAAGCCCAUGAUCAUACCAGAGGCGGACCCGGAGGCGGCCUCGUCGAGCGCCGAGACGGUCGAGUCGCAGCGGAUCUGGCUGUGGCAGCAGUUCGCCCAGCGCGUCACCCCCUCGGUCCAGAGGGUCGUCGAGUUCGCCAAGCGCGUGCCGGGCUUCUGCGAGCUCACGCAAGACGAUCAGCUGAUACUCAUCAAGAUCGGCUUCUUCGAGGUCUGGCUCAGCCACAUCGCCAAGAUGACCAGCGACAGUUCCAUGACCUUCGAGGACGGCACCUACAUCACCAGGCAGCAGCUCGAGCUCAUUUACGAGCCGGACUUCGUGACGGCCUUGAUGCAGUUCACGCAAGCGCUCAACAGCCACCAGCUGUCGGACGCCGAGCUCGGGCUGUUCUCGGGCGCGGUGCUGCUGAGCGAGCGCCCGGGCCUCAACGACAUCAAGGCCAUACAGAGGCUGCAGGAGCGACUGCUCGAGGGCCUGCGACUGCAGACGACGCGCACCAGCCUCGAGCAAGCCCUGGACUCGCCGCACUCGGGCAUCGUGAACGGUGGCAGCGUUUACGGGCCCGUCUCGCAGAGGAUAGCCGAGCUCAAGGCGCUGGGUCUGCGGCACACCAGCCUCCUCGACUGGUUCCGGAAAAACUGGACGAAACUGAAGAUGCCCCCGCUGUUCGCCGAGAUAUUCGACAUUCCCAAAUGUGAGGAAGAUCUCGUGCAGUGAAGGAUGAGCAGCGAUUAUAGCAAUGACUACCUAUGCGUCGAUAAUCAAUUUACGCCCUGCGACACGCGACUGUGUAACAACCCACAUCAAUGAAAAUAAUAGAAACGACGGGACGAACCGGCAUCGACUGCGGCGUCGUCGGAAUUUUUCUUCCUGGGUCUUACUGUACUGUUAUACUACUAUUACAACUACUACUACUAUUAUUACGAAGAUCUUCCUGCUGCAAAGGCAAACAGCUGGCGAGUCUCGCCCACCCCCCGAGUGUUUGCCGAUAUAAUGCACGUUUGUAUACAGACCGAAAACAACAACAACAAGUCUACACGCGAAGAACACAGCAAAGUUUCCUACUGUUUUCCAGGGCCCCCGCCCCCCUUAAUUCGCACGCGCGCACAUCGGAUGCAAAUGAAAAAAAGAUUUAAUCUUGCAAUGCAUAUCUUAAUUACACGAACUGAAGAAUCUCGACGAAAAUAAUUGUUAUAUAUAUUACCUUCGCAUCGGAAAAAAAACGAGUCGAACUCGAAAUUUAUUGUAUUAGAAUUAAUGGCACGUCCACAAGCCACAAAAAAACAUGCGAUAUUAAGAGAUUAAAUCAUUUACUGUGAAAAUGCGAGUACUUUACGAAAACUGCACGAGAGAGAAAAUUUAGGAGUAAAAUUGUGAAAAUUGUAGAAAAUAUUGAAAAAAAAGAUUCCCGCGUAAAAUGAACGAUUGAUGGUAAUUAAUUCCAAAAGAAAUUAUCUGUCAAAAGUCCUCGAUUUGCUUAUAAGACACUUGAUAAGUCAAACUAGUCAUACGAUAAUGAUUCUUCCAAAGAAAAAAAAGGAAAACGAACAAAAAAAAAAUUAAUAGAUCUUUACGAAUAAAUGAUAAAUCUCGAAUUUUCAGUAAAUUUUACUCGUAUACUUUUUUCUCGCACAGUAAUCAACACACACACAAUCAUCUGUUACAUCCAAGCCGAGACAAAGAAAAGAAAAUAAUGUGUCCAAUGCACAAUAGAAUCAUUUUUGCAAUAGAUAUUUUACAUAAAAUGGAAAGAUAAAACUACGAUUAUCAUCAUAUUAUAUUAUAUAGAUGUAAAAAAAAAAUAAUGAAAAGUCGUACUAAGAGCAUUUGAAUGGAAUAAAAACCAGAAUAUAGGUAUGAUAUUUAACAAAUAUAUCUAUUAUUAAUAUAUUGAUGUAAAGAGACAUCGCAGCAUUUUUCAAAGUACGAAAAAGUUGUCAAAUUUGUCGAAUCGAUGCUGUCUCCAUACUCAGCAGAUAACAUUUCCCCGACCUCAUAAACUUCACUUCACAAAAUAAUAGGUGCAUGCAUUAUGCAAAUCUUUAUCUAUGCAAUCUCUAUUUUUAUUACUCAAUAGUGAAUAAUAUACUUAUAUAUACACUGAAUUAUAUAUUAUAUAAAUAAAUAUAAAUAAA